AUGACUGUUGAGAUGUGUGUACAGCUGUGUAUGGGUAACAGAUACUUGGGGUUACAGUAUUCUUUUGAGUGUUUUUGUGGCGAUUCUUUGGGCAACUCAAGUGUGUAUAAUGAGACAAAUGAUAGUGAAUGCAAUCGAAAAUGUCAAGGGAAUGCGUCGCAAAUAUGUGGUGGAGAUUGGCGUAAUUCUGUUUAUCAGUAUGAUAAUUGUACAUUACCUGGAUUAAACGAGUUUACAGUUGCAUCAACUAAUACUAAUGUUGUUCCAAGUACAGAAGUGACAUACACAUGUGAAUUUGGAUACCAGUUACCAGCUGGAGAUUUGGGAACCAGAAUAUGUCAGCUCGGUGGUACAUGGCCUGCACCUCCACCAGCAUGUGAAGUUAUAAAAUGUACAGCUCCGGAAAUAAACGAGUUUACAAUUACAUCCACUAAUACUGAUGUUGUGCCAAGUACAGAAGUGACAUACACAUGUGAAUUUGGUUACCAGUUACCAGCUGGAGAAUUGGGAAUCAGAGUAUGUCAGCUCGGUGGUACAUGGCCAGCACCUCCACCAGCAUGUGAAGUUAUAAAAUGUACAGCUCCUGAAAUAAACGAGUUUACAAUUACAUCCACUAAUACUGAUGUUAUGCCAAGUACAGAAGUGACAUACACAUGUGAAUUUGGUUACCAGUUACCAGCUGGAGAAUUUGGAACCAUUGGAGAGUAUGUCAGCUCGGUGGUAAAUGUUAUGAAAUGUACAGCUCCGGAUAUAGACGAGUUUACAAUUACAUCAACUAAUACUGAUGUUGUGCCAAGUACAGAAGUGACAUACACAUGUAAAUUUGGUUACCAGUUACCAGCUGGAGAAUUGGGAUCUAGAGUAUGUCAGCUCGGUGGUACAUGGCCAGUACCUCUACCAGCAUGUGAAGUAACCCCAACAUCAACGGAAGAAAUUAUGACGUCGUCAGAAGUGACAUCUUUCGCAACAUCUGCAAUCAUUCCCCUAGAAUGUCUGUGUCCCUGUUCUCUGGUUGGAAAACGCAACUGGGGUUUCGCACAUGGAAUGAAUCUCACUUUUGAGGAAUUAAGAGAAAUGCUGAAGCCAGACCUAGACCUUUUGAAGAAAGAAUUGAGUGUCACCAAAUCCAAUACCUCCCGGAUGCGUCGUUCUAAGAUAUCAGCUACCGAUGAUCGUGUAUCGGCCACAUCCAUAGGAUAUGUUGGAGUCGUCUUCAUUUGCCUUAUAACAGUUAUGAUUGUUUUUCUUGACAUACUAGGCUGCUUUGCAGCUAAGUUAAAAUGA